AAUAAACACAAAUUGAUCUAAUCAAAUAGAAAUCCAUUUAAGAGAGUUGUUUAUUGUUGAAUAGAACAAAAACAAAAUCCAAAAAAGGAAAAUAGUAUAGAAUGCUACAUAGUUUAAACAGUUGGGGAAAGAGAGACGAUACAUGCUCAGUGUUUGAUGGAGCAUCGACUGUUAACUUAAUCUUUCUGAUAUUCAUUACAUUUGGUAUAAUUGUUAGUUAUAUACCUCAAUAUAUUAGAAUACAUCAUAAACGAACUUCAGAAGGAUUAUCUACUAAUUUUUUAUUAUUAGGAUCAUCAUCAGCUAUAUUUACAUUAACUAAUAUAAUUUUAGUUAGUUCAAGAGCAAGAUAUUGUUGUUAUAGUGGAGCUCUUACUUUAUUCAAUUGUAUUAAUUCUCAACUUAAUUUAAUUCAAAUUGGUAUUCAAUGUACUUGUGCUAUUUUAAUUUUAGUAUUAGUAUUACUUUUAACUAAACAUUCAAUAAAACAAGAUAAACAAGAAUAUGAUAGAAUAAUUAUAGUUGCUAAAUUAGUGGCAUUACAUGGAAUAAUAUCAUUGGCACAAAUAGUAGUGGGAUUAACUACUAAUGAAGGUAUUUUAUAUUCCAUAGCUAGUAUUAAUGGAUUAUUAUCAACACUUUUAACGGUCAUUAAAUAUGUACCUCAAAUUCAUACUACUUAUAAAUUAAAACAUCCUGGUACAUUAUCUAUUGGUAUGAUGUGUAUUCAAACCCCCGGUGGAUUUGUAUUUACUGCUACAUUAUUUUUUACUAAGGGAUCUCAUUGGAGUUCAUGGAUGUCAUAUUUAGUAGCGGCAUUAAUGCAAGGAAGUUUAUUAACUCUUUGUAUUUACUAUGAAUAUUUUAAAAAGAAUGAACAAAAUGCCGAAGAAUUAGAAAGAAGAGCCAUUGAAAGAAUCGUAGAAGAGAAUCUUCAUGAAGAACAACAUAGUACUAGUUUGGAUGGUGAUUUACGAGCUGAUAGUAGAGAUCCUUUACUUAGUAGUAGUAAUAAUUAGUAGUAAUAAAAUAGAAAUAGUAAUAAUAAAAUAGUAAUAGUAAUAAUAAUAAUAACAUGUAUAAUGUAACAUGUAAAAUGGAG